UCAUCCUUCUUGUCGACAGAGUCGCUGAAGACAAAAUGAUGCCAUCAUCGCCGGUGUGACAGCAUGGAGUGAAACAGGGCCUGAUCAUGGGAGACGGGAGGUCAACAUGUGCCGAAAUUUGUCCAAAUAUACUCUCAUCUUCCUCUUUCUAGCCUUGUCUGGCCUCUACUUCCUGCUACGCAACAUCCACACUGUGGAGAACUGGAACUGCCACACUAUUUCAGCCCUUUACCAGCUCCAGAGCAGGAUCCAGUCAUCCUUCGUCCCAGUGAAUCUCCCUACUUUUCAUCACAAUCGCACCUUCUGUUCCCAUCUGGGCCAGAAACCGUCCCCUGAAGAUGAACUGGAGGAGCGCUACCUGUUGGACUCUAUCGCCUGGCCCGGGCCUCCACCUCGCUCUACACCACCUGCCCUGCGCCAGACGAGUGACCCCGUGCACAGUCUGUUCGCCGUCCUUCCCACUAAGGGAGCAAGGGAGUGGCAUGUGGGCGACCAGCUGGAGGCUCUCGUCCAAAUGCAUGACUUCCAGGGUCGUCCCAAGCGCUACGGCGGGGAUUUCAUUUUGGCCAGGCUGCACUCACCGGAGCUUGGAGCAGGUGUAGCAGGUAAAGUGCUGGACCACAGGAAUGGAUUUUAUUCUGCUAUGUUUCCGCUCCUCUGGGUUGGUUCUGCACAGGUUGAAAUUACGUUGGUACACUCGAGCGAGGCGAUUGCUGUGCUGCGACGGUUAAGAGAGGAAAGGCCAGAUCGAGUGUUUUUCAAGAGCCUGUUCCGCCUCGGCUUCCUGUCCGAAACUACUGUGUGCAACAUGUGUCUACCACCUGACCACCAGCCUCUGUGCAACUACACAGACCUUUACACAGGGGAACCCUGGUACUGCUACAAGCCUAAGAUGCUCAACUGUGACACCAGAAUCAACCACGCCAAAGGAGGCUAUCUGAAACACCUCAUCACCAACAAAGAAGCAUUGCUUUUUCAGAGUGGUGUAAACAUUAAAGUUCGCAUACACGCUUCAGGACCUGACAGAAUCAACGUGUUGCCUCCCAGGAAAGAAAUAGAUGUAGAAAGCAGCAGUACAAAACCAGAACCUCUUAAGCUAGCACCGUCUGGAUAUUACUACGAGGACUCAUGGAGGCCAUUAAGUGGCGUUGCAUUGCACCAGUUCAAUAAAUCCUCUGACAUCACUCAGUGUUUGAAGAACAAGGAGAUCAACAUGUAUGGAGACUCUACCGUCAGACAGUGGUUUGAGUACCUCAUUGCUUUAGUACCAGGAUUAAAGGAGUUUAAUCUGGACAGUCCUAAAAACGUUGGGCCUUUCAUGGCAGUGGACAGCACUCAUAAUAUUCUCUUGAAGUACCGCUGCCAUGGCCCGCCCAUCCGCUUCUCCACUGUCAUGUCCACUGAGUUGCGGUACAUUUCAAACGAGCUGGACGGCCUCUCUGGGGGUCCCAACACCGUCGUGGUCCUCAGCAUUUGGGCCCAUUUCAGCACCUUUCCUGUCGAGGUGUACAUACGGCGGCUCCGUCACAUUAGGCGGUCCCUGGUGAGACUUCUUGAACGAGCGCCGGCGACGAUUGUUGUGAUCCGCUCGGGCAACCUCCAAGCCCUGGACCAAGAGGUGAGCCUGUACAACAGUGACUGGUACUCCCUGCAGCUCGAUGAGGUGCUUAGGUCCAUGUUCAAGGGACUCAACAUUCUGCUGGUGGACGCCUGGCAAAUGAGUUUAGCACACCACCUUCCUCACGCCCUCCAUCCACCCCCAGUCAUCGUCAAGCACAUGAUAGACACACUGUUGUCUUACAUUUGCCCAGAGAAGAAAAAAAGCCAACUGAUAUAGAAGAAGAGUAAUAAUAGUGGAUCUUGUUGUUGAAGGGAACUGAGGAGUUUACUGUGUAAAUCCAUCAACCAGUUCUUCAAUCAAGUGUUCCCCAAAGCUGCAUACUCUUUAAAACUGUCUUUAAGGAGCAAUUCGUCAGAUUUGUAGUACUAAUCUGUUUACUUGCCUGUUAUAAAUAUUUUUUUUGAAUAUCUUUUUUACUUUGGCACAGUGAUUGUUAUUCCCUUCUGCUUUUCUUACCAAAGUGUUUUGUGUGUGUCUGCAGUAAUGUUACCUUAGCUUAGUUGGUAUUCUUUCAAGGUCAAAUUUUGGACUUUAUGUGUAUGCAUAUGUUUGUUUGUUAGUUUUGCCAAAGCUGAAGACUCAGUGAGUUCUUGUUUCUUAGAUUACUUCAAGCAUUAUUUAAACAAAACCUGCUAUUCUUUUGUCAACCAUAGUUUGACUUAUUGAGUAACAUCUUUUCAUCUUUGAUAUCCUCAGACAUCACGUUAAUAACACAUCGUGUGCUGGUUUUCUUGGAUCCCACCACAUUUUUUCAGUAGAAUUUUUCCUGGUGGUUUCACUGACAGGUCAGCCUUCAGACACUCAAAAGUUUCACACAGCUUUGAUAAAUGUUGUGAACAUCACUUCAGAUGCUCGCAGUUGUCGGUUAAUUUGAGGCUACACCUUUGCACUUACUUUGGCAGUGAUUACCUUUCUACGUUCAAUUUUGUUCUAGAUGUUUUAUAUUGACAAAUUAACAUACCGUAUGCUGCCACAUGUUCAUCAUAGGAAGACAGUAAAGACUGGAGUAGAGAGUUGGUUAUAUCAGGUCUGUGUGACACAAAGAGAAAAUGUGCCUAUUUUCUGUCUUAUGUAUGUAAUGUAGGCCGACAGUCAAUUAUGUCAAACAGAUCCCAAAAAAUGCCAUAAAACACUAAUUUUGUUGACAAUUUUAUUUAAAAAGUUUGAUAUUCCCAUUAAAAACUUCAAGCAUAUCUGUUGGUGCUAAAGUUUGCAGAGCAUCAUGUUUUCUAGGAGUAAAAGAUACAGCUCAUC